CUUUAGUUCUGUUACCUCUGUGACUACUUCCUCAGUGCUGCUCUGACUAUCAGACCUGGAUAAAAGUCAGUCAGUCAGCCAUCUGCUGUGAAGGAGGUUGGACGCACAAACAACGAGCUCGUGUUGACACGUGAAAUCUGUUGAGUGGAACGCUUUCUAAUCCCUUUCAGAGAUGCACCGACCAACCUUGGUGGCACUUGCGCUGCUGCUCUGCUCUUCGCCCAUGGUAAAUGGAGGGAAAGUCUUGGUGUACCCAUUGGAUGGAAGUCACUGGAUCAACAUGAAGGUCCUCAUUGAGGAGCUUCACUCCAAAGGCCAUGAAAUCACAGUACUGAGGUCAUCUGAUAGCUGGUACAUCAAGCCAGAGUCCCCACACUACAAGUCCAUCACUUUAAAUUCCUCUGCUGGUUUUGAUGAGGAGCGCUUUGGGUCAUUUGUAAAACGAAUGCUGAGCAUGCGGCGAGAAGGUGCCUCACUAUGGAGUCGUAUAUCUCUGGAAUAUGAACUAAUGGAACAGUUCUAUCAGAUGAAUAAGCAGGUGCUUCAGAUGCUGGGGGACAUGUUUGAGAAUACCAAACUGAUGCAGAGCCUCCACGAUGCAAAAUAUGAUUUGGUUCUAACAGACCCUGCAAUUGGUGCAGGGGUUCUUCUGAGUCAUCGUUUGGGUCUUCCACUUGUCUUAAAUGUGAGGUGGACUGUUCAAGGUGAGGGGCACCAGGCGAUUGCACCUUCCCCCUUGUCCUAUGUCCCAAUUCCAGGGACAGAUCUGACCGACAAGAUGACCUUUUUCCAGCGGGUCGGAAACUUUCUUUACUAUUUCUUCUCUUGUUUUCAGAUCUGGUAUGUUACAGACGCAACCUACAAACCAUUUGUUCAACGUUACUUCGGAAAUGAUGUGCAUUACAUGGAGUUUUUUCAGGCAGCAGACAUCUGGCUAAUGAGGAAUGAUUUUACCUUUGAGUUCCCACGACCCACAAUGCCAAAUGUCAUCUACAUGUCAGGAUUUCAGUGCAAACCCUCCAAACCCCUGUCUAAAGAAUUAGAGGAUUUUGUCCAGAGCUCUGGUGAACAUGGCAUCAUUGUUAUGACAUUGGGAACCCUGGUGGCAACACUUCCUGAGGACAUCACUGACGACAUUGCUGCUGCUUUUGCUGAACUUCCUCAGAAGGUGAUCUGGAGGCACAAAGGCAAAAGGCCAUCCACCCUGGGCAACAACACCUUAAUCUUGGACUGGCUGCCUCAAAACGAUCUCCUGGGUCACCCCAAGACCAGAGUGUUUGUGGCACACGGAGGCACCAAUGGAAUGCAGGAGGCUAUCUACAAUGGCGUCCCCCUUGUCGGCCUGCCCCUCAUGUUCGACCAGCAGGACAACUUUUUCAGGAUGAAAACGAAAGGUGUGGCUAAAGUCUUGGACCUCGCAACUGUAAACAAAGACAACUUCCUGGAGGCCCUGAAGGAGGUACUCUAUAAACCAUCUUAUAGGGAGAAGAUGAAAAAACUGUCCAACCUGCACAGAGAUCAGCCCAUGAAGCCAAUGGACCGCGCCAUAUUCUGGAUCGAAUUUGUCAUGAGGCACAAAGGAGCGAAGCAUCUACAGACGGAGUCUUACAAGAUGCCCGCAAUCCAGUACCAUUCAAUUGAUGUGAUGGCAUUUCUGCUGGCAGUUAUUUUGCUAGUAUUCAUUGUUUUUAUUUCUGCAGUAAAGGUUUUGUGGCGGAGGGUGUUUUCUAGAAGCAAAGACAAAAAGGAAUAAUGACAGUGCUACAAAACAGUUGUGUCACUCUUCUGAAUCUUAAUUUCUUGUAAAGAAAACAAUAACAUUAAUAAAGUGUUCAGAUCUAAGUCCUGAGCACUGUAAGGAAACCAGUCUUACGCUGGUAUCCUUACACCCUGAGUGUAUCCUUACAUGCCUGAGUGUGUGUAAUGAUUUCAGCCUUAGAGGUAAUGUUUCUGUUCUGCUUGUUUGUUUGUGUUUUUGAUAGUUAGAAGGAUUUCUAAAAAUUAAAUUUUUGAAUAACUUACAACGCAAAUUGGUAGAAAGUUAUAC